AGACAACUUCAUUUUAAUUGCCUGAGUUUUAGUUAUACAUUUACCAGGCUUUGAUAGUAGUUCAGAAAUACACAGACAAAGGUUAGCUUUGGAUUUGGAAGUCUAGGAUUAAUACUUGUCUGUGCUGCAUUUUACUCUCGUUUAUUGUGCUCAGGAGUCUAAUAAGGACUGUAUGAGAUAGAGCUGUUUGUGUGAGUUGAAGAUCCAUCAUCUUUGGAGAUCUGGUAAGAUGGGCACAAAACCCGUUCUUGUAGUCCAUGGUGGAGCUUGGGCAAUACCAGAUGAGUUUGCUGAAAGAAGCAUCCUGGGAGUUAAAAAUGCAGUUAAGAAUGGCUUUGCAGUGCUGGAAAUGGGAGGAAGUUCAAUGAAGGCUGUUGAAAUUGCUGUGCGGGCCUUAGAAGAUGAUGCUGUGUUUGAUGCAGGUCAUGGUGCUGUACUGAAUGCUGAUGGUUAUGUGGAACUUGAUGCAAUCAUCAUGAAUGGUAAAACUCUCGCUGCUGGCGCAGUCUCCUGCAUCAGGAACAUUUCUAAUCCGGUGACAUUUGCUUGUUCAGUCUUGGAAAAGACACCUUAUGUGAUGCUCACUGGAACAGGUGCUAACCAGUUUGCUGAGAAGCUAGGCAUACCUCAAGUGCCUGUAGAAGAGUUAGUAACAGACCAUGCCAAAGCUGAAUGGGAGCAAUACCGCAAAUACAAGCAGACUGUCAAAUCACUUUUUAACACAGAAUUGGUUCAUGACACAGUGGGUGCAGUUGCUAUAGACUGUGAAGGUAACAUGGCUUGUGCAACUUCAACUGGAGGCAUCACAAAUAAAAUGGUUGGACGUGUUGGUGACACCCCAGUCAUAGGUUCAGGUGGCUAUGCUGACAACCUUGUUGGUGCUGUCUCUGCAACUGGUCAUGGAGAGUCCAUCAUGAAAGUCACCCUUGCAAGGCUUAUCCUCUUUCAUAUGGAACAAGGAGAUCCAGGUUCAAAUUCCUGCCCUGGAGCAGGGACUCGUGCCUGGGUGUCUUGCUUCCCAGGUAAAACCCCAGAGGAAGCUGCAGAUUCUGCUCUUCACUAUAUGGAGAGGAGAGUCCAUGGACGGGGAGGAGUUAUAGUUGUCAGCAAAACUGGUGAAUGGACAGCACGAUUCACCACCAAGCGGAUGGCAUGGGCAGGCAUAAAGGAAGGUGUGUUAAUGUAUGGCCUAAAUCCAGGAGAAACAAUUCAAGAAAUAAUUAAACCCUCCAAAUAAACUUUUUUGGGGAGGGGAUUUUUACAGUGGAUGUUAUUAUUAGUUUGUGCUACAUGAUUCUUAAUGAAGGGUGUAUGUAUCUGGCAUCUUUGGAUUAACUUACUUCAUAUUCAAGAAGAUUCAUAAAACAUGACUUUAUUACCUUUAAUAAAGAUAGUUUUCCAAAGG